CAGGAGCACCAUGAGUAUAACAAACGUGUCAGAGCUGUCUGGCAUAGCGCGUCUGCUGAAGGAGCACCAAGAGUAUGAAAAAAGUGUCUGUUGUGCAAAUUCCAAACAAACAAGCCGCCAAAAGUGUCAUCUAUGCACUUGUUCUGACCUUCAGUGUACCGGUACGCCAGUUUUCAGUUUCUGCUUAUCAAAAACACCUGAGUAUUUUUUUCAAUUUCAUAUCAUGUUGACACGAAUGCAGCAGAACAUAUCCAGCUUGACGGGCCGCGUUCUGCGGUCGGCCCGUGCACCGACCCAGAAACUGGCAGGAAAGGCCUUCUCUGCGUAUGCACCAAGUGACUUGAAAGUUGAGCACAGUGCCGCCAAGCAAGAAUUCUUCGUUUGCAUGGGCGAUGAUUGUGCUGUGAUUCAGUAUCAGAGGACCAAUAAUACUCUUGAUUUAUAUCAUACCGAAGUCCCAUCAGUGUUUCGUGGACAAGGAAGCCUUUAAUUAUGUUCUGCAGAACAAUUUGAAAAUGAAACUGUCCUGCGAUUAUCUUCAGAAGUACUACAAGGACAACUUGACCCCUGAACUAGAGAAGACAUUAGCCUGACAAUACUCUGAAUGUAAACUGAUAGUCGA